AUAUAUUAAUAGUUUCAAAAUAUACAACCAAGCCCUAUUUCAUCUUCUGACGAGAACAGAUUCGCCGUCCUCGUCGCCUCCAUCGCCGCCGCAUCCAUCUUCGUCGUCCUCGUCGCCUCCAUCUCCGUCGCAUCCAUCUUCGUCGUUCUUCUCAAUAGCAGAAGAAGUGAAAGCCAGGAAUAAAAGGACUUGGAAGAUUCGAAAUCUGCAGUGUUUUGUAUAUAGUUGACAACGUGAUUUAAUGGAGGAAGACGAGGAUAGGUUUUUGUUGAGUAGCUUAGGUGUGACAUCGGCAAAUCCUGCAGAUAUAGAACAGACGAUACUCGAUGAGGCGACAAAGCAGCUAGAUGACAAUGAGGGUGCGAGUGUGGAGGAGCAGUCUAUCGAGCCGGAAGGAAGCAGAUUGCUUCCGUCCAGCCAUAACGAGCUUUUGAACAAAUUGAGGGCUGUAAAGUUUGAAAUAGAUGCUGUUGCAUCAACUGUUGAGCAUGUGGAAGAGGAUGCAGCAGAAAAUGGCUUACAGAAAGAUGAUGGAUCAGAUGUUCAUAGUGGUUCUGUACUUCAGCACGCGCUUGCCACAGACCGUCUAAGAAGCCUUAAUAAGAGGAAAAUUCAGCUUGAAAAGGAACUUAGUGGUUCACAUGGUUGGAGCGCUUCUGGUAGUGCUGAUCGCGAUAAUCUACUGCGAGAUCUGGUGAAAGAAGAGCCUAGUCUCAAGAGAAAAUUGAAAGAGAUUCAGAAACCAAGCAAAAGAGAAGGGAAGAAGGUGAAAGUAGUCUCAUUUCAUGAGGACACAGAUUUUGAUGCUGUUUUCGAUGCAGCUUCCGCAGGUUUUGUUGAAACGGAAAGAGAUGAAUUGGUGAGAAAAGGAAUCUUGACUCCUUUUCACAAGCUCGAGGGAUUUGAACGCCGACUUCAACAACCUGGACCGUCGAACUCGGACAACGUACCUGAAAGAGAAGAAGAAAAUGACAUAAAUGAGGACUCCGGCAGUAUUGAUAGAGCUGUCCAAUCAAUGUCGCUUGCUGCAAAAGCUCGCCCGACAACCAAGCUACUUGACGCAGAAGACUUGCCAAAGCUUGAAGCGCCCUCUGCUCCAUUUAGAAGGCUAAGAAGGCUUUACAAGACUCAUGAUCCCCCAGAUAAUGAAGUAAAGAAAAGCAAAGCUGGGAAGAAGAGCAAAAAGAAGCGGCCUUUGCCUGAGAGGAAAUGGACAAAGCAAAUUGCUCACGAAGACUCUAGUCUUCAAGAAAGAGAAGAUGGAAGGAGAGUCUUGCCCACUUCCAGUUGUGAGGAAGACGAGCUAGAUGAUGUUGAUGAUGCAGAAGACAACGAGACAUCUUCUGUACAGCUUGAAGGUGGAUUAAACAUUCCUGAAUGUAUAUUUAGUAAACUUUUUGAUUAUCAAAGAGUUGGGGUGCAAUGGCUUUGGGAACUUCAUUGCCAAAAGGCUGGUGGCAUUAUCGGGGACGAGAUGGGUCUUGGUAAAACUGUGCAGGUCUUAUCUUUUCUCGGAUCCUUACAUUUCAGUAAGAUGUACAAGCCGAGUAUUGUCAUAUGUCCUGUUACACUCUUGCGUCAAUGGAGAAGAGAAGCACAAAAAUGGUACCCCAAUUUUCACGUGGAAAUACUCCAUGACUCAGCACAAGAUUCGGGGUAUGCCAGAGGAGUAGGGAAGGCCUCUGAAAGUGAUUAUGACAGUGAGGGUUCAGUUCACAGUGAUCAUGAACAAAAGUCUAAGAACACCAAGAAAUGGGAUUCUUUGAUAAACAGGGUUCUAAAUUCCGAGUCGGGGCUCCUCAUCACCACAUAUGAGCAAUUAAGGCUGCAGGGUGAGAAGCUGCUCAAUAUUGAGUGGGGUUAUGCGGUACUAGACGAAGGCCAUCGGAUCCGGAACCCAAAUGCUGAAAUUACUCUGGUGUGCAAACAGUUACAGACCGUCCAUCGAAUUAUUAUGAGUGGGGCACCAAUCCAGAAUAAACUAACAGAACUCUGGUCCUUGUUCGAUUUUGUUUUCCCGGGAAAACUGGGGGUCCUGCCCGUGUUUGAGGCAGAGUUUUCUGUUCCCAUAACUGUGGGUGGCUACGCCAAUGCUUCUCCCUUGCAAGUAUCGACUGCCUAUAGGUGUGCAGUUGUUCUUCGUGAUUUGAUCAUGCCGUACCUCCUCCGCCGCAUGAAGACUGAUGUGAACGCACAUCUGACAAAAAAGACUGAACACGUUCUCUUUUGCAGCCUCACUGUGGAGCAGCGGUCUACCUACAGGGCGUUUCUUGCGAGCUCCGAGGUAGAACAGAUUUUGGAGGGAAACAAGAAUUCGCUUUAUGGGAUUGAUGUGAUGCGUAAGAUAUGCAACCACCCUGAUCUUCUUGAGAGAGAACAUUCUCACCAGAACCCAGAUUAUGGGAACCCAGAACGCAGUGGGAAGCUGAAGGUUGUUGCAGAAGUGCUCAAGGUCUGGAAACAGCAAAAACACCGUGUACUUCUGUUUUCACAGACUCAGCAAAUGCUUGACAUUCUCGAGAGCUUCUUGGUUGGAAAUGAGUAUAGUUACCGGAGGAUGGAUGGUCUCACACCGGUGAAACAGAGGAUGGCUUUGAUUGAUGAGUUUAAUAACUCAGAUGAUGUGUUUGUUUUUAUUCUGACGACGAAGGUGGGUGGUUUGGGAACAAACUUGACUGGUGCGGAUAGGGUCAUCAUCUUUGACCCGGAUUGGAACCCCUCAAAUGAUAUGCAAGCAAGGGAACGUGCUUGGCGUAUAGGGCAGAAGAAGGAUGUUACCGUUUACAGAUUGAUCACGCGAGGGACAAUUGAGGAAAAAGUAUACCAUAGGCAGAUUUAUAAACAUUUUCUCACCAAUAAAAUCUUGAAGAAUCCACAACAGAGAAGGUUCUUCAAAGCCCGUGAUAUGAAAGAUCUUUUCAUCUUGAAAGAUGAUGGUGAUAGCAACGCCUCCACGGAAACCUCUAACAUCUUCAGCCAGCUGAAUGAAGAGAUAAACAUCGUAGGAGUUCAAUCAGAGAAGAAACCCGAAUCCGCUACACAACCUGCUCUUCACGAUACUGCAGAAGAAGGAUCCUCGGAGCAAAUAGAUGCUGAUAAAACUGGCGAGGCCAUGGACGAAGAGACGAAUAUCUUAAAGAGUCUCUUUGACGCACAUGGAAUACAUAGUGCUGUGAAUCACGACGCCAUAAUGAACGCAGACGACAAGGAAGAGAAGAUGAGACUUGAGCACCAGGCAGCUCAAGUAGCACAGAGAGCUGCAGAAGCAUUACGCCAAUCACGGAUGCUGCGUAGCCGCGAAAGCAUCUCAGUGCCCACAUGGACGGGAAAAUCUGGUUGCGCAGGUGCACCGUCAUCUGUACGUAGGAGAUUUGGAUCAACUGUCAAUUCCCGGUUAACCCAAACCGGAGACAAACCAUCAACGAUCAAGAACGGAAUCAGCGCGGGUUUAUCUUCUGGCAAAGCACCGUCUUCUGCAGAGCUUCUGAACAGGAUCCGAGGAAACAAAGCACAAGCCGUUGGCUUUGGCCGUGAGCAGCCACCACCGUCGUCGUCUUCUUCUUCGGGUUCAUUGCAGCCCGAAGUCUUGAUCCGACAGAUAUGCAGCUUUGUACAGCAAAGAGGCGGAAAGGUGGACACGACCAGCAUUGUCAACCAUUUCAGGGACCGAGUUUCUUCUGAGGACAAACUCUUGUUUAAGAAUCUCUUGAAGGAGAUUGCCACGCUUCGGAAAGAUGAAAACACUUCGUUUUGGGUCCUCAAAUCAGAGUAUAAAGACUAAGAAAAGAUGUCUCCUUUUAGCCUAACCACAAAUGAUUCUCAUUUUUGUAAACAGUGUACAAGAAAACAUUAUCCAUCGUCGCAAUUGCUUUGGAUGGUGAUGGAUUAAGUAGCGUCAACAUUUUGUGAAUAAGAAAAACGAAAACAUUUUUGCAAA